AUGGGUGGUUCUCUCUGCAGGACAAACAAGUGCAUAUGGGAGGAGCCUGCAGGGCCCGGCGUUAACUCAGCACCUACCUUCCGACCUGGGAUGAGCCCUACUGCAUUGCGAGCCGAACCGGGCCCACGUCUGUCUUGAUUCAUCCGUUCCCAAUCAGCAUUCCGCUGCAAUGUCGGGGAAGCUGAGCAGCAAGGAGAUGGGCCAGUCCAGCCAGUAUGUGGGGCCUUACCGGCUGGAGAAGACCCUUGGGAAGGGACAGACCGGACUGGUAAAGUUGGGUGUCCACUGUAUAACAGGGCAGAAAGUGGCCAUAAAGAUUGUCAACAGAGAAAAACUGUCAGAAUCAGUUCUCAUGAAGGUGGAAAGAGAAAUAGCGAUUCUCAAACUAAUCGAGCACCCUCACGUUCUGAAGCUGCAUGAUGUCUAUGAAAAUAACAAGUAUCUGUACCUGGUGUUGGAGCAUGUGUCUGGUGGGGAGCUCUUUGACUAUCUGGUGAAAAAGGGAAGGUUGACCCCCAAAGAGGCCAGGAAGUUCUUCCGGCAGAUCAUCUCCGCUCUGGACUUCUGCCAUAGUUACUCCAUAUGUCAUAGAGACUUGAAGCCUGAGAAUCUUCUCCUGGAUGAGAAGAAUAACAUCAGGAUAGCAGAUUUUGGCAUGGCCUCACUCCAAGUUGGGGAUAGUCUACUGGAAACUAGUUGUGGAUCCCCACAUUAUGCUUGCCCUGAAGUAAUAAGGGGAGAGAAGUACGAUGGCCGCAGGGCAGAUGUCUGGAGUUGUGGAGUCAUCCUCUUUGCUCUUCUUGUGGGCGCUUUGCCGUUUGACCAUGACAACCUACGGCAGCUUCUAGAAAAAGUUAAAAGCGGAGUGUUCCACAUGCCCCACUUUAUACCCCCUGACUGUCAAGCAUUGCUCAAAGGAAUGAUAGAAGUCAACCCUGACAAGAGACUCACGUUAGAAGCAAUACAGAUCCACGCCUGGUACCAAAGCGGCCGAAAUGAGCCAUGCCCUGAGCAGCCACUGCCCCGCCGUGUGUGCGUCACCAGGGUGCUGUCGUUGACCGACCUGGACCCCGACGUCCUGGAAAGCAUGUAUUCUUUAGGGUGCUUCCGGGAUCGGGUCAAACUCACACGGGACCUUACAAGUGAGGAAGAGAACCAGGAAAAAAUGAUUUACUACCUCCUGUUGGACAGAAAAGAGCGUUACCCCACCUAUGAGGAUGAGGAUCUGCCCCCCAGAAAUGACGCUGACCCUCCCAGGAAGCGUGUGGACUCCCCUAUGUUGAGCCGUCAUGGACGCUGUAGACCUGAGAGGAAGAGUCUGGAGGUCUUGAGUGUCACUGAUCAAGGCUCUCCCACCCCCCCUCGCAGGAACCUGGACACUAAUGCACACAGUCAAAGGUCUCGUUCGGUGAGUGGAGCGUCCACAGGUCUGUCCUCAAGUCCUCUCAGCAGUCCCAGGAGCCCGGUGUUCACUUUCAGCCAAUCAGAAGUCAACUCAGCUUCCUCCUCCAAAGAUCCCAAACCAGCGAGCGCGACCACCGCUCGGCCUAUCCGCCCAGCACCCGACCCCAAAACUCAGACCCUGCCCUCAAAGGGCCCCGCUGAGCGCCCCCAUCUCAACUCCAUGAAGUCCCUCCCUCUCCAGACACCGCGCACACCCUCACCCUCCCCCUCCCCCCUCCUCUCACCCAUCCCACGCUUUUUCAACUUCCCUUCCCCCUCUGUCUUCAAGUCCAAAAACGCCCACUCGUCCUCUAACUCCUCUGCCGCCACUCCUCCCGUGUCGCAGGUCACGCCGCAGGGCUCGCCACUCCCCACCCCGCUGGGCACGCCCGUGCACCAAAUGCAACACCCUUCCUCCACCACCCCUCCCUCCUCUUCCUCCUCGUCUUCUUCUCCCAGAGCGGACGGGUCCGGGGGGGCUUCUCUGUCGCUGACUCCGCCCUCCAGCCCGGGGAGCAGCGGCGGUCUGGCCUCUUCAAGCUCCGCCCACUGGAGGACAAGGCUCAACUCGUUCAAAAACAACCUGCUGGGGUCGCCACGAUUCCAUCGACGCAAACUUCAAGUUCCAACUUCAGAGGACAUGUCAAGUUUGACUCCAGAGUCCAGUCCAGAACUGGCUAAAAAAUCCUGGUUCGGUAACUUCAUUAGCCUGGAGAAGGAGGAGCAAAUCUUUGUUUUAAUUCGAGACAAACCCCUCAGCUCGAUAAAAGCCGACAUCGUUCAUGCGUUUCUCUCUAUCCCGUCCCUCGGCCACAGUGUUGUGUCUCAGAACAGUUUCCGGGCAGAGUACAAGUCCUCCGGUGGCCCCUCUGUCUUCCAGAAGCCUGUCAAGUUUCAAGUGGACAUUGGUUUCUCUGAGGGAGACAGAGAGCAAGAGAGGGAGCGAGCAGAAAGGGAAGGCAGAAGAGAGAUGGGUAUAUACAGCGUCACUUUCACCCUAAUAACAGGUCCCAGUCGCAGAUUCAAGAGGGUGGUGGAAACCAUUCAGGCUCAGCUCCUUAGUACUCAUGAUCAGCCUUCUGUGCAGGCACUGGCUGAUGAGAAGAACGGCAAACCUUCCCGCCCGCCCAGCACACCUUCGCGUCAGAAUUCCAGGCGUUCGGAAAGCGACUGUGAGAAAGAGCGCGCGGCGGACGCGGCGAGCGCAAGCGGAAGCCACGCCGGGAGCGUCUUACAAAGGCAAGGCUCGGGGAAAGACAAGGCCAGACUUCUCUCUGCCACCAACGGGACGCAGUCGCAUCCCUGAAAAGAAUGUCGCGAAGGAGAGGCGGGAUAUCUCCUUUUACCCUUUCCUGUAUCCUUCCCACAUCAUCGCAGUUUUCUUCCUUUCUGCCUUGCUCUUUGGCCAUCAUUCCCACGCAAAGGAUUGGCAGAUUUGCUUUAAGCUCAACUAUAUAUGUAUGUGUAUAUAUAUAUAUACAUACAUAUACAUGUAUAUGUGUGCAUGUAUAUGCAU